UACCCAAACCCAAACCCACAAUUUUUUGGUUUUUAUUUUAUAAAAUUAGGGUUUCGGGAAAAAGGGGGCCUGGCUGGCCAUGGUUGUGACUGGUGAGAGGUGCAGUAAGGAAGCUCAGUUGUCAUUCACCAACUCCGUUUGGUGGUUCUUAAAUUUGGUGUGGUUAUGGGUUGGUGAAAGGCGGUCAUUACUGUGUCUGUAUCUCUCUCUCUCCCUGUGUAUGGAGGUGUCCUAAUUUCUUCAAGACGAACAGCACACACUCAAUGCUCAGUGCUGCUGGGAAGUUAGGCUUUUGCGUGUGCUAUAACUGCGUUUUGUUACAUCCCGUAACUACAUUUAUGUAUAUAUAUGUAUGUAUGUAUGUGUAUGUAUCUAUAAGUAUAUCUGUGUGUGUGGAGAGGGGAGGAGUUUUUGAGAGUUCUUGGGGGAUCGGAGCUGUGUGUUCUUAGGUGUAUUUGUUUAUUUGUCCGGCCCGAUUGUUCUAGAUGAGAUUCGGGGUCUUCUCCGGCAAGGAUAUCGGCGGUGUUAGUGACCCUCGAGGUGCCGGUGCCGGCGCCGGCGCCGGAGGAGGAAAAUUGUUGGCUGAUGGUUAUAGUUCCUAUGACAAUAUUAUGACCAGUGGUGCUGUUUCUUUACCUCCUCAGGCGCCACUGCAAGUCUUCCAUUCAUCUCAUUCUCAACCCUUGUUCCACACUCCACCUCUUUCUCUCUCCCUUGCGAAGAUGGAUGGUCUAGGGGAGAUGAGCUUGUUGGGAGGAGGCUACGAUGGAGGUUUAAUGGCGGGGAGAGGCAAUUCAUCGAGGGAGGAUGAGUUCGAGAGCAGGUCUGGCAGUGACAACUUCGAAGCAGCUGCUGCUGCUGCUGCAGCAUCAGGGGACGAUCUCAACUCCACUGAAAACAAAUCAUCAUCAUCCAAAAGGAAGAAGUACCAUCGACACACUGCCUUCCAAAUUCAAGAACUCGAGGGUUCUUUUAAGGAGAAUCCACAUCCUGAUGAGAAAGAGAGGCUCGAGCUUGGGAGGAGGCUCGGCUUGGAGCCUCGCCAGAUCAAAUUUUGGUUUCAGAAUCGAAGAACUCAAAUGAAGACUCAACUGGAGCGCCAUGAGAACUCGAUUCUGAAACAAGAGAACGAUAAGCUCAGAAUCGAAAAUCUCGCGAUGAAGGAAGCCAUGAGGAAUCCAAUGUGCGAUAAUUGCGGCAGCCCCGCGAUUCUUGGAGAAGUGCCGAUGGAGCAGCAUCAUCUUAUGAUCGAGAACGCGAGGCUGAAGGACGAGCUUAGCCGACUCAGCAUCCUGGCUGGCAAAUUCUUGGGCCGGAACAGCGGCAGUCCGAUGUCGGCAGCCAUGGCUAUGCCAAAGCUGGAGCUUGAUAUGAUUGGAAGCAGGGUAUGUGGCAUGAGCUCGAUGGAUUCGGUAUUGCCGUUGGGACUUGAUUUCGGAAUGAGGAUGCCCGACGCAUUUCCCACCAUCCCGCCGCCUAGAGGACCCGAUUUGGGCAUGAUGAAUUCUGAAGCUGCUGUCGACAAAAAUAUGUUUCUUGAGCUUGCUGUGGCUGCAAUGGACGAGCUGAUGAAGUUAGCUGAGCUUGACAGCGCCCUUUGGUUCGGAAGCUUGGAAGGAGGCGGGCAGUCGUUGAAUCUCGACGAAUAUAUGAAGACGUUUUCUCCUUGUAUUGGUCCCAAGCCCGACCAUUUUGUAACUGAAGCGACGAGAGCUAAUGCAACCGUAAUAAUCAACGGAAUGGCGCUUGUGGAAGCAUUGAUGAAUGCGGAUCAAUGGGCUGACAUGUUUCCCCUGAACAUCGGGAGAGCCUCGACUCUCAAUGUUAUCUCCCCUGGAAUGGCUGGAACCAGAAACGGCGCGCUGCUACUGAUGCAAGCCGAGUUCCAGUUUCUUUCUCCUAUGGUUCCCGUUCGCCAACUGAAGUUCAUUCGCUUCUGCAAGCAGCAUCGAGAGGACAUGUGGGCUGUCGUCGAUGUCUCUGUCGACGCCUUGUUCGCCGGCAUGAGAGGAAACACUGCCGUUACUUGUAGGAGGCUUCCUUCUGGUUGCGUCGUGCAAGAUAUGUCGAAUGGCGGCUCGAAGGUUACCUGGAUAGAACAUACUGAAUACGACGAGAAUAUCAUCCACAGUCUCUACCGUCCUAUAGUUCGGUACGGAAUGGCCUUUGGUGCCGAAAAAUGGCUCACCAACUUACAAAGACAGUGCGAAUUCUUUGCCCUCACCAUGGCCUCCAAUGCCGAUCAGUCAGGUCUUCCGCCUAAUGGUAAAGCUAGCUUCAUGAAGCUGGCGCAGCGCAUGAUCCGUAGCUUCUGCACCGGCGUCUGCUCCACCGUGCACGAUUGGGAAGAAGUUCAAAGCACUGAAAAUGCCAAACUGAUGAUGCGCAAGAGCAUUGGUAAUAACUCGGGAGAGCCGCCUGGGAUUAUAUUGAGCGCGACUGCGACUGUUUGGAUGCCUGUGUUGGCGCCGAAUCUGGUGAAUUUCCUACAGAACGAGAAGGCCCGGGAAUACUGGGACGUGCUGUCCCAAGACGGUCCGAUGCAGCAAGUUCUAUGCCUUCCCAAGGGACAGGAUCACACCAACAGCACGCGCCUUCUACGGGCCAACGUUUCGUCUGGCGGAAAUGCGAACCCGAGCAGCGUCCUGAUCUUACAAGACACGACCACAGAUGCCUCGGGAUCGGUAAUAGUUCACACUGCGGUGGACGCUGCGGGGAUGAACACGGUGAUGAGCGGCGGCGAUUCUUCGAGCGUGGCAAUCCUGCCGUCGGGAUUCGCAGUUGUGCCGGAUUGCUUCUCCGACUCUACGAACAGCAGCGGGAGUGGGGGCGGGAGCCAGGGGUCGAUGCUGACGGUGGGGUUCCAAAUUCUGGUGAACAAUAUGCCGGCGGCGAAGCUAACGAUGGAAUCGGUGAAGACGGUGAAGUCGCUGAUCGGGCGGACUCUGCAGGGCAUCAAGACGGGGCUGGGGCUGGCGUGCGAGUGAUUAUAGUUUGUGUAAGUAAGAGGAUUUGAGUCAAGAACGAACCUUUCUUUUUCGAUGAAAAUGAGGAACCCAUGCUGGAUGGUUGGAUGGAUGGAGUAGAGGGUGGUAGUCAGUCUAGAUGCGCGUUCUGGGGAUAUACAUAUACUAUACUAUUAUUGAUUAUUGGGGAUUGGGGUUUGUGGUUCGGGCAUUGACUCAACAAGACCUUGACCUUCUUCUUCUUCUUCAAUUUGUACAAUACAUUACAAGGUUGUCUUGUCUUGUACCUUGUGACUGUGUGUAUCUAUCUAUCUUAUCUAGUUGUGUUCUUUUGCUUCCCAAUAGGACAAAAUGGUGGUUUGCUCAUGUUUCUUUCGACAUUAUUUUUAUUUAAAAAAAUAUGUAUUUUCUGUUAGAA